AUGGAGAGAAGCACUCGUGUGACCAGGUGGGCUUUGCUCUCCUGGUCCCAGCAGGACCUGAGCUAUGUCCCCUCUGGGAGAGGGACUGGCUGGGGACACUGUCAUGGGAGCUGCUGUGCUGAGGGGAUGGGCAGCAUGGGGACUGUCCCCCCCCCAACCUGCCCCAUCUCCCCCAGCUGCGUGUCGGACUCAUCCUUCAUGCUGGGGAAGCUGAGGAAGAGCGGGAGGGGGGGGCUGGUGGAGAAGCAGUGGCAGAGCCUGGAGGAGAGGAGCAGCACCGGCACCCGACUGGGGCACCCUGUGCUCACCAGAUCCAAAACCUGCGACCCCUCCUUCUGCACGGACACAGAGCAGGCUGCGGUGGCCACGGGCAGGCAGGGAAACCCGUCCCCCUCGCUAAGCAAACGCACCGCAAGUUACCGCAAAUCCUUCGGGGAGCUCGCCGAGCGGGAAGAGCUGCUGGCCUGCUUCUCCUGCGCCUGGCAGAGAGAGGUGCCCUACCACGGCCGCCUCUACAUCACCUCCCACCACGUCUGCUUCCACUCCAGCCUCCUGCUCAAGGACAUCAAGGUUGUGGUCCCUGUCGCCUCCAUCUCGGCCUUCAAGAAGACCAACACGGCGCUCCUGGUGCCCAACGCACUCAGCAUCCGCACUGCCAAGGGGGAGAAGUUCCUUUUUGUGUCACUGCGCCGGCGGGAGGCCACGUACCAGCUCCUGAAGUCAGUCUGCAAACACCUGCAGGACAACAGCUGGAGCCCUCUGGCCUCUCUGAGCAAUGAGGAAAUCUUUAGGAAGCCUCUGACCUCAAGCCAGUCAGACCUGGAGCAGAGUAACCCAGAGCCCGACAGCCUCCAGGAGCCUCUGGAUGGGCUGAGCCCAACGCCAAGGCAAGCGGAGGAGGAGGAUGAAGAGGUGGCGGCGCUGGCUCUGAGCAGCAGUGAGCGGGUGCCCUUGGCAAAGCCACGCAGCUUCUGCGGGGGACCCCACACCACGCUAUGGGCCCGGAUCACCACACCGCUGAGCCUCCUCAACACCGUCCUCCUCAUCUACCUGCUGCUGAUGAUGACCCUGCUGCUGUCCUCGAUGUACAUCGGUCUGCGCAUCAUGGAACUGGAGCAGCAGCUGGCAUCUGCGGAGGCUCGGCCAGACCUCAACCUGUCACAGCAGUACAAGAAGACAUGAGGCCAGCAAGGACCCAGCCAUCGCCCCAGCUGGGGGGACAGGCUCGGGGGCUGCUCUGAGCCCUUCCUCUGCCUCUCAGGAGAACAGCUGGGAGCUCCAUCGCCAAGUACCUUCCAGCCCCCCCCCAAUACACCUGGGGAGCCCACACAGGCUGUGGGGCUCCAUCUCGAUCCGCCCCCGUGUCUCCUCACCCUGAGAAGCAGCAGGAGGAACCCGGGCAGCUCCCCGGGGGGCAAAGAGAAGCACACAGGGUCUGACUGGGGUCAGGUACCCACCACCCACCCGUCCCUAGCCCUCCCUGCCAACGGGGGUGGCAGGCAGAGGGGGGCCCGGUCCUCGGCAAGGCAGGGGCAAAGGGACAGACUAUUCUAUUAAUAAAGAUGUGACCCCCUUCUGGGAGCACGGUGGGCUGGAGGGGGCCCUACAUUGCCCCUUCCCCAA